AUGGGAUCUGCCAUGCCUCCACCGGCUGCAUCUCGCGCCAAAGCCAGACCGGCUGCCGAGGCAUCUCUCUUCGGUGACGAGCCGCAGGGGGGUCCGGGCACGACGUCCCUGUUUGGCAACAAGCCUCCGCCUACUCCGAUCCGGCCGGGACCUUCCGCAGCCAGCGCCGUGGCAGCUCUCUUCGAUGCGCCCACGUCGCCGACUGCGACUACUGCGACGGAGGCGACUGCUGCGACUGCUGCGACUCUGGCUCCCUCCUCGAAGACGCUAGCAGCGGCCGAGCCUGCGCAGAGCCGCGAGUCGGCGGGCGCUGGAGCCGAGCGACCCUCCCUGUUCGGUGCAAGGAGCGUGAUGGCCUCCAUCUUCGACGACGAUGACACGACCUCGGCGACAUCCUUCUUAGCGAAGCCGGCAUUGGGCCAUCCGGCAGGUGCGGGUCAACCUGUGGAGUCUGUGACACCCGAAGCUCCGAUGGCCGAAGGGGCGGGAACCGCCCAGACUUUCACAGAAGCCGUGGAGCCGACCGUGUCGAAGGCAGCUCCCGAAACGUCUGUGAAGUCGACGGCCGCUGGUCGUUUGGCUGCCCUCCGGCAACGGAUAUCCUCAGGCUCGUCCGGCUCGGACAGCGAUGCUGCAUGGGAGCCAGAACCACCCACAAAGCCAGCUUCAUCUACCAGUCUCUUCGGGGCCCCUCCUGCAGUGUCAGACCCUGUCGGCAAGCCUUCCGGAGCUCUGGGGCCGGGCCCCUCAAAGGACUCGAGCCUCCCUGCCUCGGCUGCACCCAGAAAAGACAGCGAGCGGGAGUUUGCUGCACCGGCAAAGGAGGACGUCAAGGAGGAAAGAGCGGAACCUGUAGAGCAGGCAGCCAUGAGUCUGCCAGAGCCCACUCCCGGCUUGUCAGAAAAAAGGGCUUCGGGCGUCGAAAGCGAGCGGCCCAGCCUGUUCGGUGGAACCAAAGGCCCGAGUGGUCGAACAAUGAACAGUAUCUUUGAUGACGACGACGAUGACGAUUUCAUCAAGCCGGGCCCUUUGGCAAAGGCGGGGCCCGGAGCAUCAGGGCCUCCUCGGAGCAGUCUGAGUUCCUUGUUUGGCGAGCCUGGGCCGCCUGGGCCGCCUGGGCCGCCUGGGCCUCCCCUCACGGCACCGCCGACGUCCGCAUCGAGUUUGGCUGAUCCUUUGCGAGCAGGCCAAGGCCCGCUCAAGACGGAACAGAAAAAGGCGGAGGAGAAAGACCAAGAUGUGCAGAGUCCGCCGGACAAGAAAGAAACGCUUCCAGUUGGCACUUGUGUUGUGUGUCCAUCUCUUGCGUCGCAGUGCUGGCUUCGGACACUCUGCGUCUCAAACCUGUCCUUUCGGCUCAGAGCAGUGCGCAGUGGCCGUUGGAUCGAGGUCGGCGCCGUGGCGCUCGGCCCGAAUGAGCGAGGAGGCGCCGAUCGCAGCUUUGGGCGCCGAGGUCUUGCAGCUCCUUGCAGCGGGGCGCUUCGAAGAGAUCCUCUCCGCAUGCGAGGAGCUGGAGCUCUCGCCGUUGUCGCUGGAUCCAAGCACUGCGCCGCCCUCACCGGAACAGGUGGAGCAGCAGGGCCUCCUGUGCGCCGUGCACUUGCUGGCGUAUCUUUUAGAAGGCCAACUGGAUUCAGCACGAUUCCUUUGGAAGAGGACACCAGCAGCAGUGCAGCAGUAUCCCCAAGCUGCAGCUGCACACCGGGUUCUAGCCGCGCGAUGGCGGAGGCAAUAUGCCGAAGCUUUCGCACAGCUCCAGGCGGGUCCUCCCUGGGACAGCCGCUUGCAGCCACUCGUGGCCGAGGUAGUCGCCAGAAGUCGAGAAGGACUUUUAGAGAAGAUCGGGAAGGCAUACAAGGUCGUGUCGCUGUCAUGCGUCGCCGCCAUGCUGGGCAUUGA